UGCCUGAGAGCCUGAACUCAGGGACUUAACUCCCAAACGCUUAGCAACGGUUCAUAACAACACAGAGUGCUCGGCUCCUGCUGUGUGUGUUGAGAGGCCUCACUGGGCUUUUACUAUUCAAACAUUCAUCUGAUUUUUAACCAGUAAAGACCAGCGUAACCAUGCCUCGAGGAAGAUCGGCCCCAAGCGCCCGCUCAGACAGCAGUGGCAUGGAAAUUGAUGGUACAGCAGAAUCUGAGAUAGCCAAACUACAGAGACAGUUCAGAAUCAUGGAGGGAGAUCGGCAGGCCUACAACAUCCAGGCCCGGGAGCAGAUCCGCAAACAACAGCAGGAGAUAGACAAGCUGCUGAAGGAGCAAGAGGAGAUGCAUCGAAACCUUGGUGUAUGUAAGAGCGCGUCCCGCCGACAGCAGGACAGUGGGGACACCCAGAGUCUUCAUCUUCUGCUGGAGCAGCGAGACAUGAUAGAGGAGGAGCUGAAGAAAGAGAAGCAGUGUCAAAAAGAACUAGAAAAAGAGAUCUCAAACAUGGAGCUGAAGCUGGCAGAGCUGAGAAAAGGGGAUGUCAGUACUAGUGAAAGACAAAGGUCUGAAGUACGGAGGACUGAGAAGGCCAUACGCACUUUGGAAUACAAACUGGACAGAGCCUUGACUCGGUUCAAUGAACUGCUGACCAAAAACAGCCAGCUAAGAGAGGAGUUGCAGACUCUUCAUAUUGAGCGUGGCCGUUUCCAGCAACUACACAACAGGCUGGAAAAGGAGCUGCAGGAAGUACGCAAGAAGAUUGGGGAAGUUAUCCACCUGUCUACUGCUGCUUACGAUGCAAGGGUGGAGGCUCAGUCAAAGAUGACCAUGAUGAGAGAGAAGGCAGUGAAGGACCUUGCCCAGUACAACAUGGAGAUGAAGGAACUGGAAAGGGUUAUUGUACAUGAGUGUAGCCUGAAAGAUUUUAUGAUCACCAAGGGCAAUGAGAGGAGCGGGCUGGAUGACAGCCAUGAGAUAGGGCACAGGCAAUUGUCAGAGGUAAAGGAGCAGAGGAAGACAGACUCAGGGGAAGAGUCACUGGAUGCUCUGGAGCAGGUGUUUGAGAGGCUUCAGACAGUGACAGGAGAGGACAACCUGGACAUUCUAGUCACCAAGUUCAUCCAAGUUGAAGACCAAAACUUUGCACUCUUCAAUUUUGUCAAUGAGCAAAACAAUGAGGCUGGAGCACUGAGAGAUCAAAUCAGCCAGAUCCAAGGAGAGAUGGAGAGGUUUCAAGUAGAAAGUUUGCAGCGGGAACAAGAUCAUCGCGCUUUGCUGAGAGACACUGUUGAACAACAGAAGGAGGCAAAAUUCCAAGUUGAGGAUUAUGACAACCAAGCCAAUAUUAUAAGCAAAAUCCUGGGCGAGAUUAAAACAGGAGUGACCAGUAUCUUCUCUAAACUGGAGUGUGACCACUCAGUGAUCGAGGAUAUGUUGGGCUCCUCUACAGGGAUCAGUGAUUAUAACAUCAUGUCCUAUCUGGGUCUGGUGGAACAGAAGACCAAUGAGCUGCUCACCGUACAAGCUUUCCUCAAGUCUAAAGAUCUGGAAAAGGACUACAAUCCAAAAGACCUGGCCACAUUCAUCAUGGGUCAAAAUCCAGAACUGCUUCUGCAGAAAAUCAGUAUUCAUUCUGCAAUCAACAGUGUGGAGUAUGACAGAGAGGAGUCUCUUGUCACUGAAGAAGAACAACCACUUUCACAGGCGGAGCUUCGUGACAGAAUAAUGAAAGGGGUUCUGCAGAAAGGGAGCUCAGUGCAGCAGGCAGAAACCAGAUUCUCAUAGACAAGUCAGCAGUACUCCCUGGAGGACGCACUAAUCUAACACACUGACCUGAGGGGCAUGAUUUCAGCAUUUACCGUUAUAUAGAUCAACAGAGGCCAUAACCACUGAUGGAAACAGCUUGACUGGCCAUCUUGAAAUUGCAGUUGCAACUUGCACACGUAAACCUUUCAAGCUCAUUUAUGUUGUAUGCAUGUCACCUUUUAUGAUGAAUCAUUGGCAUGAUCUGCUAUAUUAUACCUGGGUGUGAUUUGUUUAGUCAGAACUAAUUAGGUUUGGAGCUAUAAAGAUGCCUUUUAGACUCUGGUAACCAGCUGUCCUUUUGAUGUGCAACUUGCCAUCUGGCUUUGACUAUACAGUCUGGUCUGAGUACCGCCCUCCCUCAAUGCCAACAUUUCAUUACAUGAUACUUGCUGCUAUACUCAAACAAAAAGGCUGGGGGCAGCAGAACCUUUUGUAAUUCUAAUUGGCAUGUUGAGACCUAGAUUCUGUUUCCAAAAAGAAGGUGAGGAUCCCUUUUAGCGCUUAACUGUAUACUUUGAAAUUGGAAAUAUUUCUGUUGGUAGAAUAAUGAUGAUUAUUCUCAGAUGUAUUUUGUAUCAUUUGUUCCUCUCAUAAAACCAGUGUGGUCAUGUUAAUAAACUCCUU